AUGGUCCAAACGGAUGAGGAGGUCGAUCUCCAGCUCAUUCAUCUCUUCGAGCGUAAUGCCUCCAAUUUUGGCAAAUUGGCCGUUGCGAUCGUGGCUGCAGGGAGAGAAGAGAGGGGUGACCCAAACACAAUCAGCGUUUCCGAGGUGGAAGGGGCUGCGCUCAUAAUAGGGAGAUUGAAGUGCAUCUAUAAGAGAAAGAAGAUGUCUCAGGUUCAGAUCCACCCCACCAUCCAGCACCUGCUGUCGCUCCCGCAGCCCGCCCAACGCACCCCAGAGUGGUUUGCAGCCCGCUACCAGCGUCUGACGGCGAGCGACAUCGCCACCUCGCUGGGAGAAAAUCCAUAUGAGCGUCCGGACAUGCUCAUCCUCAAGAAGACGGGGCAUGGGGAGAAAUUUGAGGGUAACGAGGCCACCCGCCAUGGGCAGUUCUGGGAGGAGCACGUCCAAAACCUCUUCUGUGAGAGACUGGGCUGGAAUCACUAUGACAGCGGCCUCCUGCUCCAUCCAACUAUCGACUUCCUCGGAGGAAGCCCGGACGGACUCCUGUCCCGGCCGGACGGAUCGGACUGUGCUCUCCUGGAGAUCAAGUGCCCUCUCAGACGCCAGAUCAAGCACGGGGAGAUCCCUCCGUACUACACUGGCCAAGUCCAACUGUGCAUGGAGAUUGCCAACGUCGACAAGAUAUUCUUCGUGCAAUUCCAGCCAGAGACUCUGAUCAGCGACGAGAUAUUCUCUGUCCUGGAGAUCGCACGCGACCGAGAUUGGUUCGCCGAGAGGCUGCCAAUCCUGAAGGCAUUCUGGCUGGAGGUGCUGCACUGCAGGGAGUUUGAAGUGGAGCAUGUCCUCGCGAGGAUCGAAGCAGCCAAGAGGCCGAAGCGGGUCAGGGUCCCGAAGGUGGUUAUCUCGAUUGAAGAUGAGGAGGAGGAGGAGGAAGUCCGCUGCAUGAUAGUCGUUCCCGAUCAGAAGCAUCAGCCUAUUCCGAGGGAGCCGGUGCCAACGCCACCUUGUCUCAUUCGAUAUCCAUAG